AUGCUCAACGGCUGGGAUAUGAGCACCGAUCUCGAUGCUUUCAGAGAGAUGAUGGCACAACUUAGGCAGUUCCAGCCCAAACCCGACCCAGAAACGCUCUCAUAUCAGAUGCAAGACUUCAAGAUACCUCUCCGAGACGGCUUUGAAGUCAAUGCACGAUCAUACACACCAAACCACUGGACACCUUCCGACGGGCGCCCUGGGCUGAUCGUAUUUCAUGGCGGCGGCUUCGUCACAGGUGAUCUCGAAACUGAGGCAGGGCUAUGUGCUCAGUUUACGAAGCUUGGGGGUAUUGCUCUCAACAUUGACUACCGUCAUGCCCCUGAGCAUGUCUUCCCUCAAGCCAUCAACGAUGCUUUUGAUGCAACCGUUUGGGCAUCUCAGAAUGCAGACAAGUUCGGGAUCAACCCAUCCAAGGGCUUCAUCAUUGGAGGUACCAGCUCAGGCGCCGACAUAUCUCUGGUUGUUUCGCACUUGUACCACGACGCCGAGAUUGAACCUCUCCUGACUGGCGUCUACGCACCGAUCACCUCUGGAGUCAAUGAUCAGACCGUUCCCGAGAAAUACAAGGACCACUUCAUUAGCUGGGAGCAGUGCGCCAAGGCUCCUGUGUUUAGCAGCGAGUCGAUGAAUUUUGUUCACUCCAAGUACAAACCCGACAUGAAGAGCCCUCUGGCGUUUCCUGUCGCCUUUCCCAGCCAUGCGGGGCUUCCCAAGACUUACUUCCAGGCCUGUGGGAUGGAUCCUGUACGAGACUGCAGCAUUAUUCUUGAGCAGGUCUACAAGGACGAAGGAGUUCCUACCAAGAUUGACAUCUAUCCUGGUCUGCCUCAUGCAUUCUGGGCUAUGUUUCCUGAACUUGAGAUUUCGCAGAAGCGUGAGAGGGAUGCUGCUGAAGGUUUGAAGUGGCUACUGUCUGAGUGA